UCCUUCACUCCUUUCAGUGAUCAGUCACUCUAUCAACACACACGCAAAACAUAUGCAGUGAUGCCAUUGCCACUGGAAUAUAUUAAAUGGUUAUUUGCUCAAGCAAAGAACUACUUUUAUUUUCAUCCGUCACCUUUUUCCAUAUGCGACCCCAUGAAUAUCUUAGAAGUAUGUUUGUAAGCUCAUAUAAUAUCUCAAUCCACAAGAACACAGUACCAUCGUUACUUCAGCCAUGAACUUUCUUGGGAGUGACCCCUUCUGGAGGUCAUCAUCAUAUUCAGAUGAAGAUAUCCAGAUAAAGAAGCUACUCCUUACUCAUGACCCUGAUGGCCGCUGUCUUGAUUCUGAGCUAUUGCUGCGUGCAAUACAGUACAUCAUCCUUUAUUCAGAAGUACCACUUACCCCUCUGGUUUCUGAUCUACAAUUUGAUGCCAUGGCAAUAAGUGAUGAAAGUAACAUUGAAGCAAAUAGUUCCAAAGAACCGCUUGGGCAUGUCAUUUAUAAGAUUUCACUACAAAUGCGCUGCAAGUGGCCUGGUGAAGAUGAUCUACACAUGAGGACGAUGUUUUUGUUUGAUUUGCUAGGAAAAUAUAAAUGGGAUGCAAAGAUGGUUAUAGUACUUGCAGCAUUUGCAACAAACUAUGGAGAAUUUUGGCUCCUAAGGGAGCUGUGUCCUCAUAAUCCUUUGGCAGUAUCAGUUGCAAUGCUUAAGCAGUUGCCUAAUGACUUGAGCACAUUGAAGCCUCGAUUUAAGGCAUUGAACUUUUUGGUUAAGAAUAUGGUGGAUGUGACUAAGUGUAUCAUUAAGUUUGAAGGCUUGCCACUUUCUCAUGUAGAGCUGGAUAAGGAAGUGGAUGUUACAAAGUCUUACAUUUAUGUGUCCGCUUACUGGGUCACUAGAAGUGCCUUGGCAUGCUCUUCUCUAAUCACAGAUUUGAUCGCCAUGAAACCUGAGCAAGUGAAUUUGGAUUCAACAAUAAUUGCAACAUGGGAGCUAUUAAGUUUGGUUUGUAGAUCAAGCAGCAUAUGGAGUCACCUCAGACAGCAGGUGGAUUUGUGUCAUGAACAAAUAGAGACAAAGUUGUGUCAGAAGCUAUUAGAACUCUUUAAGGAGUCCCCCCCAAUCAACAAUCAAGAGGUGCUCCAUAUGCUAUUUGCUUCAAAGGAUGCCCUGCCAUUUAAAGAUUGCUCCUCACAAGCAAAGCUUGGUGUAUCUGAACUGGAAAACAAGGUAGUUGUGCUCUUGAUCUCAAAGCCAGAGCUCCUCCCAAUAGAGGAAUUACUUUUCCUAGUUCAGCAAACAUAUGAUCACCCUCUCAAUAAGAACUACAAGGGAAAGUAUGAGAUUGUAUGGUUUCCCAUUUCGUAUUCUGAUACAUGGACUGAUGAUGAGGUGAGAUGUUUUAACUUUUUCUCAAACUAUUUGCCAUGGUACUCUAUUCGCCAACCAUGGUUACAUAGCUCAGCAGUGGUGAACUCUAUGAAACAAGCAUGGAACUACAAGAGUGAACCACUCAUGGUAGUGCUGGAUUCAAGAGGGAUGGUUACCAACUCAAAUGCAAUUGACAUGGUAAUUAGCUGGGGUGCCUGGGCUUACCCCUUUUCAGCUUCAAGAGAAGAGCAGCUCUGGGAGGAGCAGAACUGGACAAUGCAACUUUUGAUUGAUAAUAUUGACCCCCUACUUGCUAGUUGGGUAGAAGAAAACAGAGACAUUUGCAUUUAUGGAAGUGAGAACCAAGAAUGGAUUCGAGAAUUCAUCUCUAAAAUGAAGGAAAUAAAAAGCACAGGCGUGCAGUUUGAGAUGGUGUAUGUAGGCAACAGGAACAGACCAGAUGAUCAUGUGAAGAACAUUUUGGCCAGCAUUGCAGAAGAAAAGCUUACUGGUUCUCUCUCUUUAACAACAACUCAAUUCUUUUGGCUUCGGUUGGAGAGUAUGAGAAGGUCAAAACUCCGGCUUAGAAAGACAGCCGAUAAUGAUCAUAUUCUAGAUGAGGUUUCAGCAUUGCUGGACUUUAGUGAUAGUGGUUGGGCAGUAAUAGGAAAAGGGUCUUCCACAGAUAUUGUGCAGCUUCAAGGAAAAGAACUAAUGCAACGCUUGAACCUUUUUUCACAGUGGGGAAACAAUGUGGCAAAACUGGGAUUCUCGGGUGCCAUUAGGAGUGCCCUUGAGCCUUCUUCUUUACCUGGGCCUUGCAGUCACUCCACUGUCAUUCCUUAUGCUGAGGGAUUGACUGAAGGAACUGUAAUUUGUGAGAAAUGUAAGCGUCCCAUGAAGAAGUUUUUUGUAUAUGAAUGAAAUGUAAUGUUAUAGGUGUUUUAACCAAAGAUUUGUCCAACUGCAGUGAA